UUUUCACGAUCUCAGUCAACGUCAAAGGUAGUGACCACUACUUACUUGACGGAUUACAUUCAUUCGUUUGUACGAAUCAUCAUUUCUGAAUUCGUCUGUUUAUCGAUGAGACUUUUAUCGCUAAUCGCUAUCCACAUUUAGUCGUUGGUGUAGUUAGGUACCUACUUUUAUUUUGCCAGUACACUUCGUUGAACGACGUCAUCCGAAUCAUCCGAUCAAUACCACAAGUCGAUCGCUGUAAUUGACAGGAAUACAAAUCCAUAGAAAAUGCCGUUCGUUUGUAUAGCCGCCACUUCUGACUUGUUAUAGUCUACAGUUUAUUGUGCAAACUACAAAAUGACAAAUUAUAGCAGAAGAAAUUGUGAGCGUGUCGUAAAUGAUACGAUUAAUCGAUGGCCCCAAGACGAAAUUGGUAUACUGGAUGGAAAUUGUUCUUUUAACAUUAACUAUUUGGGAUACGUUGAAGUAUCGGAACCCACAAAUUCAAAAGUAUGUCGUGAAUCAUUCGCUAAACUAUAUCAGGAAUACAAAAGUGGUAUUUGUGACACUAAUCCUGCUAUUCUAUGGAUAACAGGAUAUGAGUUAAGAAUUGUUGACAAAAGAUCAAAGAAUUUAAUUCUGGCUCAAACUAUUGAAAAUAUAAUAUUUUGUUCAUCGACCACAGACUUUUCAGACCAGUUAUUCUAUACUAGCAGAGACUCUUACAAUAACCGAUGGCUGUGUCACAUGAUUAUUGUUACAGAAUUUUCAAACGACCGAGUGUGCAGAGCAGUGGGAUUUGCAUUUCGAGUAUGUCUGAGGCGAAAAACCAUACGAGAAGGAAUUGCAACAAAUACAACUAGUACCAGAUCUAUAGGUUAAAUAAACUAAAGUGUACAUGUACACAACAUCUAAAUGUGUUGUAAUAUACAUAUAAAUACAUUUUUAAAAAUGUAUUAAAAUUGCAGUGUUGUAAUUAUUGUCUUGUACCUAUGUUUUAAUCAUUUAAUAGUUUUAUGUAACAAAUAAUAAUUAAAAUUAUGGUAUUGCCUAAUUUACUGAACUAGGAUCAUAGCAGCUGUAGUGUGAGCAAACAAUGUCUGAAUGGGCAGCAAAUCAGCAAGGUACAUCUAGUGAUGUAAAAAUAAAGAGAGUGCAUAAUAUAUAUAUUUAUUUAUCUUUUUUUUAAAUCAUAUAUAAUUCAUUAUUUAUGUAUAAUAUUAUUUAUUGUUAAUAAAUAUUACGGGUACAA